GUUUGAAAGAACCCAAGAAACGCCUAAUGAUUCUUGAUGACUAAAUGAGCGAAAAUUCCUUUAGUAUAUAAUAAUCACAGCGCUUCAUUCAUUCAUUGAAAGCUUUUAAGUCGCAUAACUGAUGCGUUAUUUGCUGUAUAAAACUAUGAUAUAAUUGGAAGAUUUUUGCAAUCUUUAGUCAACCAUUUGAGACAGACUGACGGGUGUUUCUCAGAAAAGAUACAAAAAUUAACUGAAAGAGGGAAAGAGAUAUCAUUUAAACGCGGUACAUUGCCUUCGCGCGCUUCCUCGCUCCGGGCACCUGUCUUUGUUGUUCAACAUUGAUGAAGUGACUAUUAUUAUACUGUAGAGUGGUGGUGGUCUGCCCAGUUACUUUGGGUUAAUAGGACGAUUUUGUGUGGUAUGAAUUGUUGUCUAUUGUUUAAACUAUGGAACCGUUAGUGACAGUGAUUUUCCUGCUCGUGGUAUUCCCAUUCACGACUUGUCAAGAUGUUUUGUUAAAAGAAAAUGAAUAUUUCUGUGGAAACAAACCUGCAGACAUUUACAUUCUUCUUGACUCCUCUAACAGUAUCUGGGGACCGAAUUUUCGGACUCAGAUUAAUUUUGUAAGGAAUGUGACCACCAUGUUUGACAUUGGUACAAACACGACACGGGUGGGUGUCCUGACUUAUAAUACCGAUGUGGUGGAGGAAAUCGGUCUGGAAGACUUCAGUAACAAAGGCGACCUGUUAACCGCCAUCAGCAACAUCCGGCAAAGAGGAGGCUACAACACACAUACAUUUGAAGCCAUAAGGUUUAUGCGCAGACGGAUGUUACGAAAUACUGCGGACAAAAGAGAUAAUGCCGCUAAAAUAGGAAUCAUUGUGACCGAUGGUCAGUCCUCUAACGUAUUGUUAACUGUCUGGGAAGCAGCCAAAACCAAGCGGAAAGGAAUUCGUCUGUUCGCCAUUGGUAUAGGUGGUAAUACAAACUCUAGGGAACUCCAAGGAAUUGCCAGUAAACCCGAAAGUGAUCACGUGUUUGAAAUAAACAACUUUGACGCAUUGGAGUCAAUUCGACAAAUAUUGGCAGUUCGAACUUGUGAAGUUAUACCAGAAACCACGACAACAACAACAACGACCACAACAACCCCUUCAACAACUUCUACAACGCCUACAACUACGACAACACCUACAACAACGACAACACCUACAACUACGACAACACCUACAACUACGACAACGCCCACAACUACGACAACACCUACAACUACGACAACACCUACAACAACGACAACACCUACAACUACGACAACACCUACAACAACGACAACACCUACAACUACGACAACACCUACAACAACGACAACACCUACAACUACGACAACACCUACAACUACGACAACGCCUACAACUACAACGCCUACAACUACGCCUACAACUACGACAACACCUACAACUACGACAACACCUACAACUACGACAACGCCUACAACUACAACGCCUACAACAACGCCUACAACUACAACAACGCCUACAACUACGACAACGCCUACAACAACUACGACAACACCUACGACUACGACAAUAUCUACAACUACAACAACACCUACAACAACAACUACGCCGACAACUACCACAACGCCUACAACAACAACAACGCCUACAACUACCACUAAGCCUACAACAACAACAACAACGCCUACAACAACAACAACAACGCCUUCGACUACGACAACGCCGACAACUACUACAACCCCGACACCAACUACAACGCCGACAACUUCCACAACGCCUACAACUACCACAACACCAACGACUACUACGAGUCCAAAACCUACAACAACUUCAUUUCUACAAUUUGUAAGACAAGCGUGUUCUGGAGACAAAAACGACAUUAUGAUAGCCAUCGACUCAUCCAGCAAUGUGAGGAACUUUGAAUUUGAUUUACAGUUGAAGUUCGUAGCUGAUUUAUCAAAAAAUAUGAACUUUAUGAAAAACACUACACAGAUCGGUGCAAUCUUCUAUAGUAAUGCCGUGAGUAGCAUUAUUGGUCUGUCUGAAUCAAAAGUAAAACACAGCCUAGAGACUCGAUUAAAACACGUCAAGAGAACACACGGUAGAGGAAGAGUAGACGAGGCGAUCCGAUACAUAAGGACAAAGGGGUUCCGAAGAAGUGUAAUAAGAAAAGAUGCUACUCAGAUAGGAAUUAUCAUUACCGCCAGUCCUGGAACAUACAUUCGAAAAUCCAAGCGACAAGCCACUAAAGCUAGGGAGACUGGAAUUAUUUUGAUCGCCGUUGGAAUUGGUGAUAUAAACACUGAAGAAUUGAAUGCAAUUUCUGGAACCAUGGAUGGAAGUUUACAAUAUCACUUUCCAUCUGCUAGAUUUUUGUCUGCAAAUCUAGCAAACAUUGCCUAUAAUGUGUGCGAAAUUGACAGGAACGCCGUGACUGCUGUCUCUGAUAAAGCCUGCGGGUCACGACAAGAGGCAGACUUUAUGUUUAUGUUGGAUGGUGUGAAUGCCGGGAAAACCAACACUCGGAAAACUCUGGCCUUUAUACAAGAUCUGUUGAAGGACGUCGAUGUCAGCCCCCGGAAGGUGCGAGUCGGCGUCAUGUCCACUGAGCCGAAAUGCGUCAACGAGUUUACAGGGUUUGAUUUAAAUACCUACAAACGCAACAAAAAACUCAACCGGGCCCUAGAAAAAUUCAAAGGUGUGGAUGUGGCAGCAGUAGUGAAAAAACUUCGACAAAACAUGAUUGCGAGAGCUAAAGGAGGCAGGAAAGGUGCCAAAAAGAUUGCUAUUCUAUUCAUUGACGAGGGGUUGGAGGAUCCGGUCAAAGCAUUCCUAGAAGCAGAAAGGGCCAGCAUCCAGGGAAUUGAAGUUUAUAUAGUCAAAAUUGGAAAGGGUCUCUUACAGGAAAAUGAAAAAGUAGAACAAAUGGUCAAUGACGAAGGUUUCAAGCAUCAAAGCUUCACGGAAAACAACAUUUAUCACAUUUCAAAUUAUGAUGAACUACCAGACAUAAAAAGAGAAAUAUGGUACAAUAUUUGUGAUGAACUCUGAUUAGAUGCGAGAUGCACUCUUGGAUGGGGACCAAUGAAAAUUGCCAAAAUGAAAGCCUUGCUCGGGUCUAUUGAGAUAUUCCAAAGCGAUGGUUCUGUUUAUUCUCCAAAAUGAGUAAAAAACAGGAAGUGCUGUAAUAUGCUUCAAGAACACAGUGUCAUAUGCUUCAACUGAAUGUAAAAAAGGUGAACAGGACACAGAGGAAUCAUCUCACUUCAUUAUAUCUAAAUAAUCAGUUCAGCCAUGGUCCACAAUAAAGAAUUCCCACCGGAAAUCAAACGUGGUAAUCCCUGUGCUUUUGCAGUCCAAAGAUGGAACUGUGUUUGAUAUCUCAUGUGUUUAUCAAUUGAACGUGAAGUUUGAAUGCUGAAGUGUUUGCGUGCGAAAAUGUUACGUUUAAAUGAGAUGAAUUCAAAUAUUUUGAAUUGAUCAUAUUAUAUUGAUUUGAAUUACGCAGUGCAGUAAUGAUCGAUACAUUUCAUUUAAUAAUUUUUCUAUUCAAUUUUUUCUAUGAAUUCAAAUGUUCAUGAUUUAAAUAAACUUAA